AUGUACCGAGCAUUUUUCAACAGAGAUUGGAAUCAAUUCAAGAUUCUGUGCAGACACAUUGUGUCCGAAUAUCAACACCUAAGCGCACCUUUGUUCAAUCAGACGUACUUCGACCCCGUCCGGAAUUUCGAGAUAGAGAAUACUAAGGAUAUUAACUUCCCUAUUAUCGACGAGAGUGAUGUGGACAACUUCGACUAUGACACGAUUGGAAAGGGCAUGGGCAUGGGCAACAACUCUUCUUCUGAUAAUGAUAGCGACGGAGACGGCGAUGAUUCGUAUGGUAGUGCCGGUCCAGAACUACGAGGAAAUAUGAUACCGCGCAAAAUGCCUUCAAAAUUCAAAUCUCAUUUCAGCAAGAAGUAUAGGACGUACUGA